CGGGGCAACCAUUUGUUGGAUUUCUCAUCUCUGCUCACUUCGAUAGAUCCCAACCUCCACCUCCACAGCGUCCUUGCCGUCCUCCCCCUCGCCGCCGGCCGCCCGCGGAAGCGUUACACCGAGCUGCGGGCGAACAGGCACGUGCGGCCUCGCCCGAGAUGGCGACCAUGGGGAGCCUGAUCGGGCUGGUGAACCGGAUCCAGCAGGCCUGCACCGUCCUCGGCGACCACGGCGGCGGCGGUGGCGCCGGGGGCUCCCUCUGGGAGGCGCUCCCGUCCGUUGCCGUCGUCGGAGGCCAGAGUUCUGGGAAGUCGUCGGUGCUCGAGAGCAUUGUCGGGAGGGACUUCCUGCCUCGUGGAUCUGGAAUUGUGACAAGGAGGCCUCUGGUGCUGCAGCUGCACAAAACCGAUGGCGGGCAGGAGUACGCCGAGUUCCUCCAUGCCCCGCGGAGGAGGUUCUCUGACUUUGCUGCUGUUAGGAAAGAGAUUGCUGAUGAAACUGAUCGCAUGACUGGAAAAACAAAAGCUAUAUCAAAUGUCCCUAUCCAUUUGAGUAUAUAUUCUCCACAUGUUGUUAACUUGACACUUAUCGAUCUUCCUGGACUGACGAAGGUUGCUGUAGAGGGGCAGCCAGAAUCUAUUGUCCAAGAUAUUGAAAACAUGGUUCGGUCUUAUGUUGACAAGCCAAACUCAAUCAUAUUGGCCAUCUCUCCAGCAAACCAAGAUAUAGCAACAUCAGAUGCUAUCAAACUUGCUAAGGAGGUUGAUCCUUCAGGUGACAGGACCUUUGGAGUAGUAACAAAACUGGAUUUGAUGGACAAGGGUACCAACGCUAUUGAUGUACUUGAAGGGAGGUCAUAUCGCCUGCAGCACCCCUGGGUGGGCAUUGUCAACCGUUCCCAAGCUGAUAUCAACAAAAAUGUUGACAUGCUCGCAGCACGGCGCAAAGAGCAAGAGUACUUUCAAAGUAGCCCUGAUUAUGGUCACUUGGCACAUAAAAUGGGUGCAGAGUAUCUUGCUAAGCUUCUUUCACAGCAUUUAGAGGCUGUGAUCAAAGCCAAAAUUCCAAGUAUUAUUGCAAUGAUUAACAAAACCGUUGAUGAAAUUGAAGCCGAGCUGGAUCGACUUGGUAGGCCAAUUGGCGGUGAUGCCGGGGCACAACUUUACACCAUAUUGGACAUGUGUCGUGCAUUUGACCGUGUUUUCAAGGAGCACUUAGAUGGCGGUCGGCCAGGUGGAGAUCGCAUUUAUGGUGUCUUUGACCACCAAUUACCGGCAGCACUGAAAAAGCUUCCCUUUGAUAAACAUCUUUCAUUGCAAAAUGUUCGAAAAGUCAUUUCAGAAGCUGAUGGUUAUCAACCCCACUUGAUCGCCCCGGAACAAGGUUACAGAAGGCUCAUAGAUAGCUCACUCAGCUACUUUAGGGGUCCGGCUGAAGCUUCAGUUGAUGCGGUCCAUUCGGUCUUGAAGGAGCUAGUUCGGAGAUCUAUUGCAGCAACAGAGGAAUUGAAGCGUUUCCCAACGCUUCAAUCAGAUAUAGCUGCGGCAGCAAAUGAAAGCUUGGAAAGAUUCCGCGAGGAUGGGCGGAAAACAGUUAUUCGUCUAGUUGACAUGGAAGCCAGUUACUUAACAGUAGAAUUCUUCCGGAAACUUCCCACUGAACCAGAUAAAGGGGCUAAUAAUAACACUCCAGCCAAUGACAGGUAUCAGGAUAACCAUCUUAGAAGGAUCGGCUCAAAUGUAUCAUCUUACAUUAACAUGGUUUGUGAAACACUAAGGAACACCAUUCCAAAAGCCGUUGUACAUUGUCAAGUGAGAGAGGCAAAGAGAAACUUGCUUAACCGUUUCUAUGCUCAUGUGGGAAGCAAAGAGAAGAAACAGCUGAGCGCGAUGUUGGACGAGGAUCCUGCAUUGAUGGAGAAGAGGGAUUCCCUCGUCAAGAAGCUAGAGCUGUACAAAUCUGCGAGGAAUGAAAUCGACUCAGUUUCAUGGAAAUGAUCGGCUAGAAUGCCACAACUGGAACUGAUUAAACGUUUGCAGCAGAAAUGCUUCAGUCGUUUUGCAUAUGCAGGCUGCUUCCUAUACAUGGGUUUUGUGCUGAGUGUUUUCUAGCUUGUGGGACACGUCCGCGGUUGCUUCAUUGGCCAUCCUUUGGCCUUCUGUAUUAUUCACAUUGAUAUUAAUCCAGAUAUAUAUUCUUUGUUCAGUUGCUGUUUUAA